CAGCCAGUCGUACACAGUCCAACGUGCAACAGGAGUAAGGUUAAAUUUGGUGUGUCGACAGCAAAGCAUGAAAUUCUGCUAGAGUUUAUAUAUUUUUUGCCAAACUUGGACAUGAGUAACAAUAAUAUGCGCCAGGUGAAUGUAAAUUUUGUACCAGAAGAAGGUACGUUUGCCGGAUUUGUUACUGUAGAUGGCGAAAGGUAUCCACCGAUGGUGCGAGAUGACAUGGCCGAAAAUGUGAGAGCGUUUGAAGUGAGGGACAGUGAUGUCUUCGUGGUUACCUAUUCAAAAGCAGGAACUCACUGGAUGACAGAAAUUGUCAAGAGUGUUUUAGCCGAUGGUAAUUAUGAGAAAGCGGAGAAGAUGUUUAUGAUCCAUCCCAAGCCUAUUGAGUACUUCAACUCAAUUGCGGACAUGUCCAAAAUGUCACGUGACCACCCACGUGUCAUCGUUACCCAUCUUCACGAACAGAUGCUACCCAAAGAAAUUUUCAAAGGCAAAGCAAAGGUUGUCUUUGUUAUGAGAAACCCAAAAGAUUCCGCAGUGUCAUAUUAUCACUUUGCUCAACCGUAUCGCUAUAGUGAAGAGUGGGAUACAUGGGACCGCUUUUUCCAGUCGUUUAUGUCCGAUGAUAUGCCAGGUCGUUCGUGGUUUGAUUACAAUUUGACAUAUUGGAAACAUCGCAACGACAAAAACUUCUUCAUUACAACCUAUGAAGACAUGAAAAAGGAUAUCAAAGCUGUUAUUGAAGGAGUUGCAGAUUUUCUAGGUCAUCCUGCUUCGGAUGAAGUCUUAGAGAAACUUGUACAUGUUGCAGAUUUUUCACGGAUGAACAAGAAAUUCGAUGGCCGACUUCCGAUCGGAUCCGUUCCUGAACCAAUUCGAACCAAACUUCCGUUCAAAAUAUUGAGGAAAGGAAAAGUUGGUGACUGGAAGAAUUUAUUUACAGUUGCACAAAACGAAAUAUUUGACCAAUUCUAUGAAAAGAAAAUGCGAGGAUCCAGUAUGAAGUCUCGCAUAAUAUUUGAGCUUGAAUAUGAGCCAAAUAUAAUGUUGAUGAUACAGAUCACUACGGAUUACUCGUUAAGAUUUAAGCAGGCAAUAAAAAGAAUAAACAGGAGCCCUUAUGUUUUUAGAAUAACAAGUGCGCCAGAUAAACAUCCCUAUAAAAAGGUUUAUACGGGACGUGAGUUAUCAUUCCUCUCUCAGUUUUUCGAGUUAAACAGACUGAUAACAACCCCUGCAGACGAACCAAUCAUGAGUCGUAACGAUAUGGCCAAAGUUACCGCCGACAGCAUCCCAAAAAAGGGAGAGUUUGCUGGAUUUGUAGUCCUAGAGGGUGAACGAUACCCGCCACAAGUACGACCUGACAUGGUCGAUCUUGCUCGAUCAUUCGAAGUUCGAGAUGACGAUGUCUUUGUUGUGACCUACUCAAAGGCUGGAACUCAUUGGAUGACUGAGAUUGUGAAGAGUAUCUUAGCCGAUGGUGAUUACGAAAAAGCAGAGAAAUUGUUCGGUAUCCACCCAAAACCUUUGGAAUAUUUCACCACACUCGCCGAUUACGCAAAGAAACCACGUGACAAGCAACGCGUCAUCGUCACUCAUCUCCACGAAGAACUCUUACCAAAAGCGGCAUUCAGCGGCAAAGCAAAGAUUGUGUUUGUGGUUAGAAAUCCAAAAGAUUCCGUCGUAUCGUACUUUCAUUUUGCGCAACCAUUCCGAUAUGCUGAGGAAUUCGACACCUGGGAAAAUUUCUUGAAGUGUUUCAUGUCAGAAGAAAUGCCCGGACGUUCGUGGUUCAACUAUAACUUAACAUACUGGAAACACAGAAAUGAAAAGAACUUCUACUGGACAACAUAUGAGGAUAUGAAGCUGGACGUCAGGUCGGUUAUUGAAGAUAUUGCCAGUUUCUUAGGACAUCCAGCAUCAGAGGAAACCCUAGAUAAACUUGUCAACCUUGCCGACUUCUCAAGAAUGAACAAGAAAUUUGACGGAAAAUUACCAAAAGCAUCAGUUCCAGAUAAAGUACGAGAGGCUAUCCCAUUCAAAAUACUCCGAAAAGGUCAAGUCGGUGAUUGGAAAAACAAAUUUACUGUGGCACAAAACGAAGCUUUCGACAAAUAUUAUGAAGAAAGAAUGAAUGGUUCAAGCUUAAAACAACACAUCAAGUUUGAAAUUUAAGUUGAUUUUAAAUGAUUAGACUUUCAUUGGAGAUCAUUGUUUUAAUUAUUGAUACACGGUGUAACAAAAAAAAACAAACAUAUGGGCUGCUUCGACAUUAGUGUCAUUUGGCCAUUAUGACGAACUACUGAAUAACAAACAGGGCUAAACUGUAACGGUUAUUCUCAUCAUCGUACUUUCUUUGCCCAUUAAAUAACUACAAUUUUCAGAAUUAAAUACAAGAGAGAUUUCGAUUGCGCGAUGGCGUGAACCCAGGACGAAUUCAAUAGACUUUUACAGAGCUUUGACAAAUCGAUAUUAUUUGUACAUUCAAACUGAUCUUUAACAACAUAUCUGAAGAUUUCAUUAUUAUUUGAUUUGUGAGCUGGCAUUACCGUAUUAUUUGAAGUUGCAAUUUUAAGAUUGAAUUAUUAAUAAAUUUUCAGUAAAAAAA